AUUAAGUCCGGAGGAAUACAAGAAUAUGCUUUGUUUGAUGCCACUAAACGAACCGCUUAGUACGGUGAAGCCCUUUGUCUGGUAAGAAAGAAAGGGCGUCGGUGAUGGAGAUAGAAAGAGCCGUGGAAGCUCUGUAAGAAAGGGCGAUUGGUCCAGCCGUUUCGUACACUACAGGUCAUACCAGCCAAUGACAAACAGAGGAAAUCCACGUUUGCAUCGUCUUGCAUGGCCUCUUGAACAGUUUCCACCAUUGAUUUCAAAAUUCAAGCUGUACAUUCCAUAGUAGGAGACACGCCUUCGGCAUAAUAAACUGAUGACACGAAUAUGAUGCUCUGCAUCUCUUGUUACGUGUAGCAAAUGUUAUCCAACAAAGUUAUCACGAGCACGCGGCGGAAGUUUCCUCCUUUAAAAUUGUUUUUACUGGGCUCCUCUUAUAGAAUUGGGUGGGACCACUUAAAUAUCUAUGUUUAGUCGUACCAAUCAUUUUCAAACCACUUAAAUAUAUAUGUUUAGUCUUACCAAUCAUUUUCAAAUUUAAUUUUUAACUAUUAAAUUGAAUGCACUUUUAAAAUAUCAGAUUAAAAAGAACUAUCUGGUUAAACAGAGUUCGUUCCCGAGAAACCCUCCUCAUCCUUAAGAAAUAGUGUUUGUUUGACUGGAAAAGUGGAGAUUUUGUUCAGUUGGAGCAGCGAUAUAAUUGGAUGUGGACUCAGCGCCAAUACCACCAGCAACGGAAAUGGAAGACUUAAUCGAACAAAAGGAACGCAUUAGUGAUGUUAGAAAAGAUGCUUCGGGGUUUGGAAUGAUUCGCACCACCAACGGAGUUGUUUGAUCUGCACAUCUCACUUCUAAUUGCUUCCCAAUGGAUCAGGACCUCGACCACUCAAUUGAAGACAUCAAGCCGCAGGGAGUAUUCUGAAGCUUGACUAAAAUUUUUGCGCAGAAUGGUGGCCUCUCAACCCAACGAACGAAUGAGCAGUGACAACGGGCAGAAGUUUGAUGUAUUUCUCAGUCACAGUGGUAAGCAGAAAAAUUUUGUUAGGCAGCUGUACAGAGACCUCAAAAACCAAGGCGUGUCCUGCUUCUUUGAUCAAGAUCGUCAAAGUUUGCCACUGGGGGAAGAUUUCCCCCCUCUCAUAUUCGAAGCUGCUAAGACAUGCAGACUAGCAGUUUUCCUUCUUUCUAAGGAAUUCCUGCAAUCAAAGUGGCCAAUGCUUGAACUUUCUACUGUAGUGGAAGCUAGAGAUGCAAAUCGCCAUCCCGAAAUUUUACCCCUGUUCUUUAUGAUUUCACCCGAGGCUCUUAAGCAAAUUACGACACUCAACGAAAGGUGGAAAGAGAUUGGCAUAGACUAUCAAAGACGGGUCAAAUGGCCUCAAGAUUUGAAAGCAAUAGGGCGGGUAAAUGGGUUGAAGUUUGGCGAAGGUGGCAAUGAAGUGGAGUUCAGAGCUGAAAUAGUGAAAGAAAUCUGGCGCAAACUUCCAACAGCCUCACCAAGGUAUCAUGUGCCUUACAUGCAAGGAGAACUACGAAUGUGUCAGGAGGUUGCAGAUUUCUUGAGAGAUGUUCGACCAAAUGAAAAAGGAAUCAUUAUUGCAGGAUUGUAUGGAAUAGCGGGCCAAGGGAAAACUACACUUGGCAAGGCUUUCUGCAACCACAAAUUGAAGGAUUUCGAAGGUAAAGUAUGCCAUCUGGAAUUUUCCAGAGGCGAUUCUUUCGAAAGAACAAAACUUGCCCUGCAGUAUCUCAUUCACUGCCAUCCAUCGUAUCUCCAAGACUUGACAAAAGAUCAGGCACAAGUUGAGUUGCAUAGAAGAAUUAACGGCCAGAGGGUAUUGUUGGUUCUCGACAAUAUCACAGAAGAAAGCAUAGAUGAAGUGAGAUAUUUUGUGAAAGCAGUCUUCAGGGAAAACAGUUGCAUCCUCUUGAGCGCACGAAGCUUAGAUGUUCUAGUAAAGCAUUGCAAAAUUGACCCACAGUCAUGCAUGCGCGUCCCAAGCCUUGACGAGGACGACGCGAUUGCCGUCUUAUUGGAAAGGACGUCUCCAGAAGAGUCAACGUUGGGGGCAGAAGACAGAACUUUUGCUUUGAAGUGUGCAAACAGAUGUUCAUUCAAAGAGAUCAGUUGCGACAUUGGUCGGAGAGGUCGGAAAUUUCAUCCGUUGGCCUUAAAAGCUUUUGGCGGCCAUCUCUUCAGUAAAUACGGUUCAACUUUGUCAAAAUGGGUUGCUGAGAUAGAUGGCAUGGUGGAGCCAUCCGGUUAUGGAUUGGAUGGUGUGUUGUCUGUGCUGGACAAAGCUUUUGAUGACAUGGGGCCCAAAUACCGCACCAUAUUCAUGCUUCUCACCAUAUAUAUACCGCUCAAUAUGUCUCUUCACAAUGUUUUCGAGUGGCUUGCAAUGAGUUGCAACGAGGAGAUCGAGUUUAUUGUGGAAGCAGUUAAUGAUUUAUGUAGGAAGGCUUUUAUUGAAGAAUCUGAACCUGAAAUUCGCAUACACGACCUAUAUUUUGAGUUCGCUCAGAGUAAAGCAAAAGAAAUGGGGAGAUGGCUGUGUUGGAAGGGCGACGAACACAGUACACGUGGGUUUAUUCCACACGGCAAUGCAGGGUUUGAAUUGGUUAAGUUGGAGGGAUGCCUGCGUCGAAGUCCUUCCGAGAUCGCCUCUAAGUUUCUUGAAAAUGUGUUGGUGCUUCAGCUCGUAGGUGUACAGAAUAUGAACAAGCUUGACUUGGGCCAGAUGGAGGGUCUCAGAAGCAUCACAUUACAGGAUUGCAAAGUCCUGUCAGCACUUGACGGGAUGGAAUACUUGCGAAACCUGGCGUGGCUUCAGAUAAGUGGGUUGGGUAAAAUGUUAAAGCUUUCCAAGCUAAGCAGCCUCAUUGGGUUACAACAUCUUGAGAUCGACAUCACCAGCCAGAGGCUCAAUCAGCUGGGAGAUCUUACCCCUUGUUUUCGUUUAAGAGAGAUUAAUGUUCGCUGUCCAUCCCUGUUGGAGUUCCCAAGGCUAAAUGGUUUGCCGUAUUUGGAGAAAGUGGAAUUUGACAUGUGUGAUAAAGUGAAGGGUCCCCUCGACUGUACAGACUGUUUGGAGCUUCAAAGUAUUGUCCUCGUCGGUUGCUGCGAGAUGACAGCCUCACCGCUCCUCGCUGGAUGUCAGAAACUAUCCACAAUUGUUCUCUCCGAAUGCAAUGCAGUGCGGCAAUGUCGAGAUAUGAAUUUACCGAGUGCUUUAAAGACACUAGAGUUGCAGACUUCAUCAUGGAAUGAAUCAGCGCCCAAGCGUUUAGAGUCUUGUUACAGGCUCGAAAGCCUUCAACUAUGGAAUAUGUGGAAUGUAAAAGAGCUUCCGAGUUUCAGAAGUCUAUCAAAUUUGACCGUGCUCAAAAUCGGCAAAUGUGGUAUAAGUGAGCCGCCGGAUCUUACAUGUUGUGUCCUGCUGGAGGAUGUCUACUUUUUCACGCUAAAAUGUUUAUUAAGGUUUCCCAAUUUCUCAUUACUGAAGAAGUUGAAGAAAUUGAGUUUAUAUAAUUGCAGUAAGGUUCGAGAUCCUCCUGAUUUUAGUGGCUGCCAUCAAUUACGGUUAUUUUAUCUGCUCUACAACGAUAGUUUGAAAGGACUUUCAAAGAUGGAUAAGUGCGCACAAUUAGAGGAAAUCAAAGUGAGUUGGCAUUGUAAGGAUGAGGUUCUGUAUGAGGGAAUUGAUCCCGACAGUUGUCAAAUCGAUGACGAUCUUGAAUUUUGUCUUGAUUGCUUUAAAGAAGUUACCCUUGAAAAUUUAAAUGGUGUAUCUUUCCCAGAAGAAUUGGAGGAGUGGAUGCAGGGUAAGACAAUGCUGGUGAAGAAAUAUUUCCGUGGAGUGAAGCUGUAUUACUCUGUCACAGCUCCCUAUGAAUGGGAUAAAAAAUCGAAGCGUUACAGCCAAAAUCCUAUUACUCUGAGAUUGGUAGAUAGCAGAGUGUUAGCUUACUCAACGCUGUACAGAGGUAAUGAAGAUGAUGGUUGGUUGGAUAGAGUGCGAGUGUAUUUUGGUGGACAGGACAUUGCUCGUUCAAGUGCCGCCUCGGGCAUGAAAGUGGAAACCUCUGUCUCACUUACAUCCUCACCAAUGUAUCGUGUCAAAAUGUGGAAAACCAAGCUUGCCAAGGUUUUCUUCGAUAAUAACUUGGGGAAGUUUGAACUGGAGAAUUUUGAUCGUAAAAUAUGCCAUCUGGAUUCUUUUGGAGGCGAUAGAUUGGCUAGACAAAAACUUGCCCUUCGACAUCUCACUCAAUUCCGUAGUAUGCAAGUUGAAUGGGUAACAGAAGAAUACAAGGCACUGUAUUUCUUCAAUAGAGCAGUGGAGGGCCGAUGGGUAUUGUUGGUUCUGGACAACAUUACAGAAAAUAGCAUAGACCAAGUGAGAUAUUAUCAUGUGGUAGAAGGUAGCUGCACGCUUUUUACUGAAGGAAGCGCAGAUGUUCGAAAGAGUUCCAACAUCAACUCACAGUCAUUCAAAAGGCUUCAAGAGGAGGAGUUCUUAGCCAUCUUGAUACAAAGGACAUCUGAUUCGUACACAGCUUUUAAUUUGAGGUGCGCAAAAAAGUGUUCAUUCAAAGAGGGCAAAGGUUUUAUUCCAAGAUUUCAUCGGUUAGCUUUGAAAGCUUUUGGUCAACACUCUUCCGAUUUGUCAAAAUGGCUUGCUAGAUUAGAUAUUCUUCAUUCUGGGUCUGAGCAUUUGGAUGCCUUGUUUAAUGCAAUAUGUGAUGUCCCCCAACCCCAAUUGUUUGUGUGGGUUUACCAUGUCGAAAAAUGGUUUGCGAAAAGAGAUUGUGUGGAUGACGUGUUUGCUGGGCUGUGCUGGCUAGCAAUUAUGUGUGAAAAGGGGCGAGAAAUAAGUCCUUUUAACACUAAGUUGCCCAAGUUUAAGAAAGAGAUUAAACAUAUCAAAGAAAAUAUGUCUUUCGAUAGAGAUUUUGAGGGGCUAGCACUAAAAUGUAAGACAACGAUCAAGGAAAUGGUUGAAGAAAAUAAACCAAAUAGUGGCAUACUAUAUGAAAUUAUAAAAGAAAACUACGAUGUAUCGGGUAAGAUUUUAAUACCAAUUUUAUAUGUUUUAUGUGAAAAAAACAAUUACGUGGAAUUUUUUUAAUUUCAAAUAAUUCGAUAGAAAAUUUUAAAUU